UUCACGGUUACCGCGGCCGCAAGCGAAGGGCAGAGAGAUUCCCCCGCCCGUCUUUACUCUAAGACGCCGGAGGGGGCCCUCCCUCUGGGAACCGCGGAGUCCCAUUUCCGAAAGUGACCCGCCUUGCUUCUGAGGGACUUCCCUGCGAACGCCGCAGGGGUGUGCAUUUCUCCGAGUCUGAGAAUCCCAGCCAACGCCGGCCCGACAAGAGUUUAAGUCAGCUCCCGGGGCGUCUGUUUGUUUAUUGGCUCUUAAGGAAAAAAGUUUGAGGAUUUUCAACCAACCUCAGACCUGGCGCAAGCGGAAAUCUCGGCAUCUCUUCAGCAAAAGUCAUCUAAUUUCAAGUCGUUAUAUAAGUGGGGGCAUUAACUCUCCAUACUCCAAGCUCUCUCAUUACUACUCCAGGAGUAAAUUGUAUAUCGCUUAAAAAUUUUCUUUUUAGUUGUUAUUAUUUCCCUGAGCCCAAGGACCAGGGAAAGCGCAGGCAGCGCCCUGGGCGCGCAGCAGCCCCACCCGCGCGCUGCGGGAGGGUCGCGGGGUCCGGAGUCCCGCAGGCAACCAGCGAGCAGCCGGGCCGCGCAGUUCCUCAUUCGCCACUCCACGUGGUCAGGAUCAACAGUUUGUUGAGCUCAUCAGUGACACCUUGAACUUUUCAUAAAGAAAAUGGGUAUUGCAUCGAGAGGGUUCGGCCGCGGCUGCCGGCCUGAGUCGUGCUUAAUAUUCAGUGAUCUCGCUCGCGCCGACCCCUCCUUCCCCUCGCAGAAAUUCCACCGAGUCCGUUACAGGGCUCAGACUUUUAAGUUAAUUUACUACCCACCCCGCAACCCUGGCUAGUAACCAGCACCUUUAGGCUUAACCUCCCCCGCAGCUGCCGCCUGAAAAUGACAUUUCGCCGGCGUCUCCGGAGGGGGCUGAAUUUCACUUUGUAACUUUCUGCGGAACCCGAGUCCGGGUGGCAGCUCGGGUAGUGGUAUCGUAUGCAAAUACGCAUGCUGACGUUACAGAUCAUGUGGGUUUUGGCGUAGAUUCCCCACUGAUCGAGACAUUUUUUUUCCCCUUUUUUUUUCCUUCUUUUUUUUUUUUCUUUUAAAAAAUUUGGCCACUGUUCUCCGUUCAGGGGCUUUUUCUGUCUGUCUGGCAGGCUGGCUUUCCCCCUCUUUCCCACGGAGCCCCAGCCGGGCGCCCGGUGGGGAGUGGGGACUGGGUGGGGGGAGCCAGCAGAGUUCCAUUUUGGAACGCCCGUGCCGCGUCUCCGCGUCUUCAGCCCGGGUCCCCGCGUUCCCAGCCCCGCGCAGGUCUUGAUGCACCGACUGCUCCCGGAGUCACAGUGUAAAGAGAUUCCCAGGAUGUAAGCAAUAUGGGAACUGGCACCAGGAUCUUCAUCACAAAUGUGCUUCAUUUGAACCUGCCCAGGCCACGCCAGAGCUGCUGAGGCUGCCCGCUCAGAACGGGGCCAGCGGGACAGCUCCUGGCUGCCUGUAAGCAAAGUGUGUUCAGGUUGCCCAGUAUGUGCCCGCGCCCAAUUCAGACUCCCUGGGAAGCCGGCCCAGAUAUGAUGCUGCCUCUUUUGUUUAGCCAUUGGAGCAGUUACAAUUUUCUGUGCUGAGAUCAUUCUGAAAACUCAAACACUCGACUUCAGCAUUCAAGGGAAGCCAAAGCCAUUGGAGAGGGAAUAAAGCCAAAAGCCUUUUUAUCUUACUUGUUCCAAAAAUUGCACUGCCCCUUCCCUAGCUGCCUCCAUCCACCACCCCCAAUCCCCCCUCCCCCCCAAAUAAGCUAUUGCACACAGACAGGCGGCAUGGCAAGCAAACGAAAAUCUACAACCCCGUGCAUGGUUCGGACAUCGCAAGUAGUAGGACAGGAUGUGCCCGAGGAAGGAGACAGGGCCAAAGAAAAGGAACUCAGCACAUCACAGCCUGAAAUGGCCAAGGAUAGUUGGGCAACGGAACCUGACAACUCUUCCAAAGAAAAUGAGGUGAUCGAGGUGAAAUCUACAGGGGAAAACCAAUCCAAAAAACUCCAAGGUGGUUAUGAAUGCAAAUACUGCCCUUACUCCACGCAGAACUUGAAUGAGUUCACGGAGCAUGUUGACACGCAACACCCCAACGUGAUUCUCAACCCCCUUUAUGUAUGCGCCGAAUGUAAUUUCACAACCAAAAAAUACGACUCCUUGUCUGACCACAACUCCAAGUUCCACCCCGGGGAGACCAACUUCAAGCUGAAGUUAAUCAAGCGUAAUAAUCAAACUGUCUUAGAGCAGUCCAUUGAAGCCACCAACCACGUCCCAUCCAUCCCCACCAGUGGCCCCGGAGGCAAUGACAGUGAUCCUGGGAUCUCAGUGAGUAAAACCCCCAUCAUGAAGCCAGGGAAACCGAAAGCUGAUGCCAAGAAGGUGCCCAAGAAGCCGGAGGAGGCCGCCACCGAGAACCACGUGGAAGGGACUGCGCGCCUGGUGACAGACGCAGCGGAGAUCCUCUCAAGACUUGGAGGCAUGGACCUCCUCCAGGACACGUUAGGGCAUGUCAUGCCUUCUGUCCAGCUCCCACCAAAUAUCAACCUUGUCCCCAAGGUCCCCGUCCCACUGAAUACCACCAAAUACAACUCUGCCCUGGACACAAAUGCCACCAUGAUCAGCUCUUUCAACAAGUUCCCUUACCCAACCCAGGCUGAGUUGUCCUGGCUGACAGCUGCUUCCAAACACCCAGAAGAGCACAUCAGAAUCUGGUUUGCCACCCAGCGCUUAAAGCACGGCAUCAGCUGGUCCCCAGAGGAGGUGGAGGAGGCCCGGAAAAAGAUGUUUAAUGGCACCAUCCAGUCCGUACCCCCAACGAUCACCGUGCUGCCCGCCCAGUUGGCCUCCACAAAAAUGUCACAGCCCAUCCUCCAGACAGCUCUACCGUGUCAGAUCCUAGGCCAGACCAGCCUGGUGCUGACUCAGGUGACAAGCGGGUCGACAACUGUCUCCUGCUCCCCCAUCACACUUGCUGUGGCCGGGGUGACCAACCACGGCCAGAAGAGACCUUUAGUGACUCCCCAAGCUGCCCCUGAGCCAAAGCGUCCAUACAUUGCCCAGGUGCCAGAGCCCCCACCUAAGGUGGCCAACCCUUCACUGACCCCAGCCAGUGACCGCAAGAAGACAAAGGAGCAGAUAGCACAUCUCAAAGCAAGCUUUCUCCAGAGCCAGUUCCCUGACGACGCUGAGGUCUAUCGACUCAUCGAGGUGACUGGCCUUGCCAGGAGUGAGAUCAAGAAGUGGUUCAGCGAUCACCGGUAUCGGUGCCAAAGGGGCAUUGUCCACAUCACCAGCGAAUCCCUUGCCAAAGACCAGUUGGCCAUCGCAGCCUCCCGACACGGUCGCACAUACCAUGCGUACCCAGACUUUGCCCCACAGAAGUUCAAAGAGAAAACACAGGGUCAGGUUAAAAUCCUGGAAGACAGCUUUUUGAAAAGCUCUUUCCCAACCCAAGCAGAACUGGAAAGACUAAGGGCGGAGACCAAGCUAAGCAGGAGAGAGAUUGAAUCCUGGUUCUCGGAGAGGCGGAAGCUCCGAGACAGCAUGGAACAAGCUGUCUUGGAUUCCAUGGGGUCGAGCAGAAAAGGCCAAGAUGUGGUGGCUCCCAAUGGUGCUCUGUCUCGACUUGACCAGCUCUCUGGUGCCCAGUUAGCCAGUUCUCUGCCCAGCCCUUCACCAGCAAUUACAAAAAAUCAAGAACAGGUUCAUCUCCUGAGGAGCACAUUUGCAAGAACGCAGUGGCCUACUCCCCAGGAGUAUGACCAGUUAGCAGCAAAGACCGGCCUGGUCCGAACUGAAAUUGUGCGUUGGUUCAAGGAGAACAGAUGCUUGCUAAAAACUGGAACCUUAAAGUGGGUGGAACAGUACCAGCAGCAGCACGUGGCCAAUGAUCACGGCUACGAGGCUGCAUCAAGGAGAGCAACAAAAGCCGUGGUUGCCGAAAGCCCGAAGAACAGGAGUGAGGGGGGCCAGCAAUAUCACAGGGACCCCAAAAAGGUCUGUCAGGAGGACUUGGAGAAGUUGGUACACAGAGUGAAAGGGAGCCACGAGCAAGCAAAAGACAGUUUGGUGGCCAAGCCUUCGGAGGUCACUUCAGACAGAUCUGAGGGCAGCAGCCAGGAUGGCCAGGGCAGCGAUGAGCACGAGGAGGCAGGCGUUGUGGACUGGGUGGAGGUGACAGUUGGAGAGGAGGACGCCGUCUCAGACAGGUCGGACAGCUGGAGUCAGACUGCAGCCGAAGGCGCAGCAGAGCUGGCCGACUCGGACUCCGACAGCGUCCCUGCUGAGGCUGGCCAGGCCUAGCCAGGGAAGCCCCUCAGAACUGCUGUGCUGAUAAAGGAGAUGCUCUACCUUUGAAGAAAGAAGAGAACUUCCCUCCCCGGCCAUCCUGGCCAGAGACUCCAAGUGGAAUUACUUAGCUCGCGUGUGCCUGCAGGAUUCGGGAACCCCAGCUGCUUUCACACGCACCUCCCAGAGGACCGGUGGGAAUUGUUCAUAGUGCCAAAGUCCUACUACUGCGUUUUCAGUGGGUCCUUGUACAUAGUUUGCUCCUCUGCCCUGGCCCCCGGCUCUUGCUAUACUGGAAUCUAUUUGUACAACAUGGGACUUUUGUUACCUUUUUAAUCAAGCUCAACUUCCUUUUCCAGCACUACCAUGGUAAGGUUUUUUUCUGGGAGGGAGGGCUGGGCACAUGUGUUUUUCUAUUUUUUUCUUCUUUUCCUUUUUAUUUUAUUAAUUUGUGGGAGGGGGGAAUGUUAGCAUUAAUGCCAUUAUAUCUACCGGAUUUUAGGUAGGGAGAGUUCAUUUUUAAAGGUAGUUUGAAAUGUGGGAGAUUUCUCAGUGGAAAGGGCUGGACCUCAGGGUCUGGCUCAACUUAGAGGAUUUACAGACAGUAGAACUUCCAAAUCAGUCCAUUUCUGGUUCUUCCCCCAGCCACCUUCAGGGUCCCUGUUUUGCCUCGUGCACAGCUUACUCGGCCACCAAGAGGUCCAUCUAGCUUCUCACCUACCUGGCCUUGUAGAUCCAACCUUGGGCCGAGCCGGCACCCGGAGAACUGGGUGUCAGACGGCUGUUCUCUCUAAGCUCCUUUUUAGAUACCAGCAGAAAGGGCUCUCCCAUUUGUUAGCAUUACUAUUAAUUUUAUGAAAUUAAAACAAAAAGAGAGAUCUUCCUAUCUAGAUGGUACAAAGAUGAAUAGCCUUGGUUUUCAUUUCUGUCCCUAACUGCCUUUUCUCAGUGUGGUAUUUGACAAGAUUUCAGCUUGAAGCCUCACCAUGAAUUGAUUUUGCUUGUGUAUUUGUUUUGGGCCAAUUUUAGAUUCCUGAGUGCACUUUUUUUCUUUCUUUUUUUUGUUAGUCCUAACUUUUAAAGAAGAAAAACCAAGAGACCUAUCUGGUGUCAAUGUUGCAAUAUGAAUUGUGUUUGCAAUCCCUUGCCCCACCCACUGUUCCCCAUUUGAAUCCACUGCACAGAUAAAAUGCUAGGGAGUUUGAAAAAAAAAAAAAAGACCUUUUUUCUAACUUGUUGCUCAUUUGUUGUUAACUCAAUAAAGCAAAGACUAAGCAUUUUUA